AUGGCGAUUCAUUUUGUCGGCAUACCGGCGCUGCCACCAGAGAUUGCGAAGAUGCUGAGGGAGAAUUUAGUCAUUGUCGAAGUGAUUAUCAUGUAUACCAUAGGAGCAUUUACUGCGCUUGAGGUUGGCAUCUCCUCUCUCAACCUCUUCAAGCGCCACCGCGGUCUCUACUUCUGGAGCAUGCAAAUUUCUGCCUGGGGUAUCCUGCUACAUACCAUCCCGUCGCUGGUGACCUUUGUCGCACCUAAAAAUUUGCUCGCUUCAACGAUCAUCGCCUCCAUCGGCUGGGGCUGUAUGGUCAAUGGUCAACCUUUGGUCCUUUACUCGCGCUUGCAUCUCGUUGUGGCAGGUAUCUCCCGCUUUCGCUGGAUCCUCUGGAUGAUUAUUUUUAAUGCAAUCAUCGUCUAUGUCACAAUGGCCACCCUCGUUUUCGGUGUUUCUGUUGGCCAUGAGAAUUUCGCCCUUUCCGCCUUUAUUUGGAACCGAACCCAUGUUUUUAUCCUCCACGCGCAAGAUCUGAUCAUCUGCGUAAUUUACAUCCGCGAGGCGCGUCGGGCACUGGGGCCUAUCAUCGCGAGUCGCCGUUUUGCAGCCCCCAUGAAAACAGUCAUCUAUGGCCUGAAGCUGAAACUCGAAUUCGCCAUCCUCAACAGAUUACGCUCUUUCCUGUCCUCGGGCACCCCUUACGUCUUCCAUGGAGGUGAUCAUGGGCGUGGAAACAGACAAGACCUCAAUGAUUCCAACUCAACGACUUAUCGCCGCCAUUCCAGUGACCUGAAUAUCUACACCAUGGUAAACGCAGACCAUCGACCACCGUACGACGGGGUGUCCAGCAUGCCGACACCCACACCCACACCGGGUCUCAAUACCUUCGAGCCAGAUCCGUUCGCGAGUUGUUUCCAGGUCACCAUGGCAAACUGCGAGUCCAGGAGAAAGAGAGAGCAAGAAUCCCAGAUGGGCAGCACGCAUGAUUUCCACGAGGGUAUUCGUGAAACCUCCUCGAAGGACAAUAUGAAUCUACCCGCUUCGCCUGCGCCGACUGUGGCCUCGUAUACCUCGCCUGGAUCACUUCGUUCCGAGCGGUGUUCCAGUGGUAGCAAUACGCGUGGCAGGAUUGGAUCUUCCGAGACAAGGUCGACUAUUGAGGCGGAGUUAUUGGUGACGCCGAAAUAG